AUGGCGAGGGAUGCCGGCGCAGUGAUGCGGGAAGUCACGGGCAACAGCCUGUGCAUGGACGUGGUGGGUUUCCUGGUGCGCCCUUCCCAGACGAAGGGCUUCUCUCCCCACCGCGACAGGCAGCCCGAGGACUGGACCCCAAAGGGCGUACCGCCUGAGACGUCGGCCACUUUCAAGGCAGACGGCAUGGCCAAGUACGUGACGCUCUGGGCGGCACUCACGGAUGCCACACCUGAGAACUCCU